CAGAGGCAGGCUAGGACCAGAGGAAAGAAGAGAGGGGACUGAAGACAGACUUUGAAAGGGCUCAGAAACCCAGUACAACCGCUGUCCCAGCCCUGUCCACCUUCUGCUGUGGCCACAGCAAGAGAAAAAACAGCUAGUAAGAUAGGAAGUGAGGCCAGGUACCUUGUGGGCAGUGAUGUCAUUAGCUGCGACUCCUAAGAUGUCUCCAGAGAUGGGAGAGCUCACCCAAACCAGGUUGCAGAAGAUCUGGAUUCCACACAGCAGCGGCAGCAGCAGGCUGCAACGGAGAAGGGGCUCAUCCAUACCCCAGUUUACCAAUUCCCCUACAAUGGUGAUCAUGGUGGGUUUACCAGCUCGAGGCAAGACCUAUAUCUCCACGAAGCUCACACGAUAUCUCAACUGGAUAGGAACACCAACUAAAGUGUUUAAUUUAGGCCAAUAUCGACGAGAGGCAGUGAGCUACAAGAACUAUGAAUUCUUUCUUCCAGACAACAUGGAGGCCCUGCAAAUCAGGAAGCAGUGUGCCCUGGCAGCCCUGAAGGAUGUUCACAACUAUCUCAGCCGUGAGGAAGGUCAUGUUGCGGUUUUUGAUGCCACCAACACUACCAGAGAACGACGGUCACUGAUCCUGCAGUUUGCAAAAGAACAUGGUUACAAGGUGUUUUUCAUUGAGUCCAUUUGUAAUGACCCUGGCAUAAUUGCAGAAAACAUCAGGCAAGUGAAACUUGGCAGCCCUGAUUAUAUAGACUGUGACCGGGAAAAGGUUCUGGAAGACUUUCUAAAGAGAAUUGAGUGCUAUGAGGUCAACUACCAACCCUUGGAUGAGGAACUGGACAGCCACCUGUCCUACAUCAAGAUCUUCGACGUGGGCACACGCUACAUGGUGAACCGAGUGCAGGAUCACAUCCAGAGCCGCACAGUCUACUACCUCAUGAAUAUCCAUGUUACACCUCGCUCCAUCUACCUAUGCCGACAUGGUGAGAGUGAACUCAACAUCAGAGGCCGCAUCGGAGGUGACUCUGGCCUCUCAGUUCGCGGCAAGCAGUAUGCCUAUGCCCUGGCCAACUUCAUUCAGUCCCAGGGCAUCAGCUCCCUGAAGGUGUGGACCAGUCACAUGAAGAGGACCAUCCAGACAGCUGAGGCCCUGGGUGUCCCCUAUGAGCAGUGGAAGGCCCUGAAUGAGAUUGAUGCGGGUGUCUGUGAGGAGAUGACCUAUGAAGAAAUCCAGGAACAUUACCCUGAAGAAUUUGCACUGCGAGACCAAGAUAAAUAUCGCUACCGCUAUCCCAAGGGAGAGUCCUAUGAGGAUCUGGUUCAGCGUCUGGAGCCAGUGAUAAUGGAGCUAGAACGACAGGAGAAUAUACUGGUGAUCUGCCACCAGGCUGUCAUGCGGUGCCUCCUGGCCUAUUUCCUGGAUAAAAGUUCAGAUGAGCUUCCAUAUCUCAAGUGCCCUCUGCACACAGUGCUCAAACUCACUCCUGUGGCUUAUGGCUGCAAAGUGGAAUCCAUCUACCUGAAUGUGGAGGCCGUGAACACACACCGGGAGAAGCCUGAGAUGGAGCAACCAGCACCCAGAAAUGCGGAAACCACAGUCCAGACCCGAGGCACCAUGGAGAUGCAAGGCUGGGAAUGUGGACAUCACCCGGGAACCUGAGGAAGCCCUGGAUACUGUCCCAGCCCACUACUGAGCCCUUUCCAAGAAGUCAAACUGCCUGUGUCCUCAUCACCUUCCACCUUUAGGAAAUGCUAUCCUUGCUCUUCUCCUACUCUGCCUUGGCCUCACUGAGGCACCCCAUUUCCAGUGAAGAAGUCCUCCACAACUCCCAAACAAGCCUCGCUUACUGGCCGCAACCAAGGAGCUAUCUAGCUCUGGAGGAAACUUUCUUUCUUAAUUCCUAUUCUCUGACGAAUAAAGACUUACUGCCUACAAGAGAGGAGGAGGUCAUGGCGAGGCUUUUCCAAUUGUUCUCAAGGUACUGAUCCUAAUCCUGACCCAGCUCUGCUGCUAUGAGGGCAUGGAAUGGGUGAGGACUUCCUGGAGGGAAAAGUUCUACAGUAGCACCUCCAAAGAUGGGGGCGAAGAUAGGUGCCUGUGAGUUCCUGUGGGCCUUGUUCCAGCAAGGUGGCUGUGGGCAUGACACUUUCAUCCUUACACUCAGAGAAGAAUCUGGCACUUGAGCCAAGUGCUCCUUUCUUCUCCAACUCUUGCUGCCAUCCUGAGUGAUUUCACUGUUUAUGUGAAUGAACCAACCAAUACUCUGGCCUCACAGUCCCCUGACCCCCUCAACUCCAGUGAUCAUCUUCUCCCCUUCAACCACCUACUCCAUGGAUUUUGGUAUCAUCUCCCUGGUCUGACUUCUUAAACGUAAGCAUCCAACUGUCUGACCACUGCCCACCCACUACCCCAGUCCUUACAACUCUCUGUCAUCCACUGAAUCCCUAG